UUGCUCUUUUUUUUUUUGGUAUUUUGAGUGCGAUCGACGGAUUAGUGUGGCAGACGAUGAAGUUUUCCGAUAUAAGCUGGUGAUUUCCCGGCAUUAUUCCAUUAGCAGCGCAAUUGUGACAACGGAAAGGUGGCGACUUAAACAUGGCGGAAAACGUGGCAAACCGCACCGUACGGGAAGUGCAGCAAAAUUUUGCUGAGUCGCUCGGUUACGCAGAGGAGGUAAUCUGGGAUCUGUUGUCCCAUGAACAAUCUCAUAUCCUGAGGAGAAAAAUCGUUGAACUGAUUCGUGAUUCUCCGCCACCGCAAACUGCACCGGAAAGUAAUGCAGAUAGGAAAAUCCGGUUGAAGCAAAACGCAAAUAAUGAGCGGGCUCGUGAGAUCAUUUUCAAUGCCGUUUGGGAGCAACGAAAGUACACGAGCCGUCAAUCGCUAACGGCGAUCAUAUACGUAAUGGUGGUAGCUGACGAAUCGGAUGUUAAUCGCGCCGAGGACUGCACAGAUUUCAGUGUGCACCCAGUUUUUAGGGCCCGUCGAUGCGUCGCUGACAGCCAUGGCACCAGCAGUAAUAGUGCGAAUUGCUGCAAUCUAUUUGUAGACGAGUUAGGUCGGGUCUACCAAAACUGGGAACAGUAUGUGGCCAAAAACGAGUUGCCCGCCGGAGUGAUGGUGGCUCCAGAGAAGGGAGUUUACCGACUGGUUAGGGAUCAAGUACGUCUGGAUAAGUACAUAACACCGGCGGGCACCACCACGAGCAUGGUGCUUGGCUACAUGGAUACUGGGUCGGCAAUUGGAGGACUUGGUGCUGCCUGUGUGCCUAUAGCUGCCCUGCUAACGCUGCCCGUAUCCGCUCCGGUGAUGGCCAUAGCGGGAGUGGUAGGUUUGGUCAGUGCUGGAUACGCUACAACGCGCUCAGGCAGCAGGUUAGUCGAUCGCAGCCAACACGAGCAGUCUAUCAAUGUGACGAACCGUGAGGCUCGUGGCCAUUGGCUGGGCGUGGCUUCUGGCACUGUAGGAUUGGGGGCGGCUGGCGCCACCACAGUCUUGACAACGGCCACAAAUGCCGGACGCGAGGUGGGAGCGAUCACCCAACUGACUGUGAAUGGCAUGAACAUAUCCUCGAUCGUGGUCUCGGGCACUGGAGUGGCCAACGGUGUGCUGGAUCUAAUAUUGAAAGCUAAAGAUGGUGACGACAUUACUGGGAUGGAUGUUCUGCAACUUUCCGCAUCGUUGGUGCUGCUCACGCACAGUGUCUACAACUUCAAAUUGGCUUCUACCAUCAUUAAUGAGACAAGCAAUGCUAAUAUUGCCGACUAUCGUAAAAAUCUUUCCAAUAGGCAGAGACGAGCCUUCGACAAGGCUUCCAAGGAGACUGUUCGGAUGCAGGGCAACACUCGCGGCAAGCUGGACAUUAUACGCAAUGUAAACGAAAUGUCGCCCCAGGAGUUUAAUGAUCUUUUUAAGAUCAACAAAAACUUGAAUAGGGAGGGCGUGCGAUACUCAUUUGCACCCGAAGGCAAAGGAUUUUUGCUAAAUGGCGAGGUGCAGACGACGGGAGCGGAACUGCGAGCCAGUGUACAGCAUAGCCAAGGAAAUGUUCUAGGCCAAGUUAGUAAGCCCAUUCCCGCUAGCCAUGCGGGGUCAGGUCGCCUGCAACUGGAAGGCGUUAAUCAGGUUUCCCGACUAAUCGGACCGCUGCCCACAUCCCAUCCCCGCCAGGAACCAAGUACUUAUGCCGCCGGCGUGUUCAUCUUAAAGCUGAGCUCCGUAAUAGUGAGUGGUGUUAUUUUCGUACUGGAGGAAUACGGAGAAAUCAUCUUUGAGCAUGUGAUCAAUGCUGAAAGUUUUGAGAAUCUAAUCAACGGCAUGGCCGAAAACCUUAACCCAGCAGUCUUUGACUAUGUUAUGAAACUGACCAGAACCUUCAUGGACACCACGCUGGAAGAGCUGACCUCGGUGCUAAAGUUCUAUAUAUCAACGGAGUCCGUUCUGUAUCGAAUUUUGUUGCAGGUUGUGCACAAGUACGGGAAUAUGUCAUAUUCUGAAAUUGUGGAUCACACAACUAAUAUCAUAAAUGCCGUCAGGAAGUACUUCCUAUCCCUGAACCCAAAUGAGUUCCCGGCUCUUCUUCAAAAGUGUCGAAAUUGUGUCGGCUACUUCAGCAUGUGUCCUUUGUAAGUGUUUAAAUUGGCACUUCAGCUUGUGAUAAA